AUGCUGUCCACCACUUACCUCAGUACGCUUCUGGCGGCCACUGCCGCCGCCUGCAAUCUCUACGUAGCCUCAUAUGAUGGCAACGUUACAACCUUGAGCCUCUCGACUACCGCUGAUGGCGGCUACGAAAGCGAAAUCACCUACACCAAUCCGGGCUGCGCUGGAAGCCCCGCCUGGCUGACGCUCGAUGCCGCGAAUGACGUGCUCUACUGCCUCGAUGAAGGCAAUCAAACGCCAAACGGCUCGAUCACUGCCUUCAGGACAUCCGCAAGCGGAGAGUUGACCGUGCUCAGCGAUCGCGAGACCAUCACUGGCCCUGUCAGCAGCGUCUUGUACGGCAGCAACAGCUCUCGUGCCAUCGCUCUGUCGCAUUAUGCCGGCCAGGCCGUGUCCACCUUUUCCAUCGCUGCGAAUGGCAGCUUCGUACCGCUUCAGAACUUCACCUUCACGCUCCCCGGGCCAGGUGUGAACCCAGAUCGGCAGACUGGCGCAUAUCAGCAUCAAGUAGUUCUUGAUCCAACCGGCCAAUUCAUCCUCGUCCCGGAUCUCGGCUCCGAUCUUGUUCGCAUUCUCCACAUCGACCCGUCAACUAAUCUGCUCCAAGAGCAGCCUGCGAUUCAGAUGCCCCCAGGCUCUGGACCAAGGCAUGCGACUUUCUGGUCGCCGGAUGGAGCUGUUUCUAACGGUUACGGCACAAACUCUACUCUCUACUUCUACGUCGUCGGAGAGCUCUUGAACACGAUUAAUGGCUUCAGAGUGAGCUACCCAGCCGCUGGCGGAAUCCAUUUCACCCCAGUUUCUUCCACCAACACCUUUGGAGGUGCACCUGUUCCAACAGGCGCUGCGGCGGCUGAGAUCUCUAUUUCGCCCGAUAACAGAUUCCUGAUCGUCUCGAACCGCCUGGAUCGCACUUUCAAGAUUCCCAACUUCGACCCUAACAACUCAACGGCAGAACCAUCAGACUCCCUGGCAAACUUCAUCCCUCAGGGGGACGGUACGCUCUUGUUCACUCAGAUCUGGCCUGCUGGUGGCCUCCAUCCGCGCCACUUCUCCUUCAACAAGGCUGGAGAUCUCAUAGCUGUGGCUCUGCAGCUUAGCAACAGGGUUGUCAUUCAUGAGCGGAACGUGACCACCGGCUACAUCCAGUGGCCUGUUGCAGCUAACGCGGUUGGCGAGCAGCCCACCACUGUGGUCUGGGACGAGGAAUGA